UUUGGAUUAGCUUAACUGUGAAUGUGUCUUGUAUUUGCUUCAUGAAGCUUGUAUGCAAAAGACUUAAUUUCGUAUGUGUUCUAAUGUUAGUUACCUAAAUCUGAUCAACUUUGAGAUAAUUUCUUUAGCCAAAAAAAAAAAAAGAGGGGGAAGUCUGUUUAGCUAUUCUAUCCAACCUCUCCUGUAGUGGCAAUCUGCCACCUCUGUGGAAAGGAAGGCACAUUGCUUUCCAUACCUUUUGAAAUACAGGCAUGACAAUCUGCUUAUGCUCAGGAGUUCUGCAUAUGCUGGGAGAGUGUCGUGAUCACUCUGUGGUUUCUAAUGACCAGUGUGGGAAACAAGACUUUUUCUGGAAGUCAAUUUUUUUCUUUAAUCAAGCUUAAUAAAUUCUAGAUUGUUCUGGACCAUGUCAGCUGGGAAGACUGGUCUUUUUGAAAACAAAUUCUGUUUCCUAUCUUCCAUAUGUGAUAAAGAAGUGACUACAGAACCCUCCCUGAAGAGGCAUAUUUUCAAGCCUCAGUGAGAAGAUUAACUUGUAAUUUCAAAAAGUUUAUUGCUGAAGCUUCCUCUUCCCUUUUUUCUUCUUUUUUUUUUUCUUUUAAUCAGAGCAGUAUCACUGAGAAAUACAUAGUUUGCUGAUAUUCCUGGCUUUUAAAGUACAUGUCUUCAAGAUUGCGCAACUUAUGAGUUGCUUUUUAUACAUAAGCUUAUGUAUACUAUUGAAGUAUUUAUAGAAGAACAGCUAAUUAAGGGAUCCAUUUUAUUUUUUGUAUAGAGUGACACAACAUAGUAUGAAGCAAAAAUUAUUUAACUUCUCUUGUGAGUUUCAGGGAAAGUUGGCAAAUUCCUGUCAAACAGUGGUUAAAAUGUAAUCUUGUCCUUUCUCAUAAAUGAGAUGUCACUAAAUUGACAGUUUUAACUAGUGAACGUAGGCUGCUGCUAAAUUUCCAUUUCUUUUUUGACUGCUUAUAUUUUUCUUUCACCUUUAUAAAGUUGGACUUAAUUUAUUUUUUUAGUUUGGGCAGGAGUUUUUAGUAGGAUUUUUGUGAAGUCUGAACUAUCAUAUUGCUGGCUUAAUGGUAUUGCUAGACUAGUUGUCCUGUCCUUUUUUCACCCCAUGUGUAUUUCUUCUUAACAAGGUCAAAUGAAUUUCAACUGAAAAUUCUGUGUGAUUUAACAAUUUUUUUUCUUCCCGUUUCACUUCCCAUGUUUUGCUGCAGAAAGCCUAACUUAAGCUUAUUCAGUUCUUUACUGUCUCACUUUAAAUUUUGAUAGCCUUUCUGUCAUACUCUGAAAUGAUAAGGUGUGAGGUGAGGUAAGGCAUGACAGAAGUUCAGGACGGAAGAGUGGUGUAAAAGAAAGAACAAUUUUGUCUUUUUUUUUUUUUUUCUUCUCAUGUUCUUUACCAUACCCUAUUUUUGAUAGGUAGAAAACUGAAAGAAUGCUUCAGGACUUUGGCAAUUCUACUUUGCAUAGAAGUGUUUUGAAUGCUUUUAAAAUAGUAAUUAAUUAUACUGGAAAGUAGCACUUCUUUUGAAGCAUGCGAGGAAGAUAAACAGUAUCUGUAACUGGCAUAAAUUCUGUGGUUUAAACAGUUGUACCAGUGUGGAUGAAGUGCGUUGACAUGACUGAUGUCUUGCUCAGCUGGAUCAUCUAAAGUUGUUGAUAGUUGUUCAAUGGCUGUGUUUAGGUGAUCGUGAGGUAUUGUGGGGGGGAGGGGAGACAUCCUUUCCAUACCACUUCGUUCCCUGUUGUUCUUUCUGGAAGGGAGAAGGUAGAAAGGAUGAAAAAUACUCCACAGUCCUCUCUUUAAAUGCUUCUAGCUGUGCAUCUUCUUAUCCAAGAAACAGUAACUGAAGCUGCAGUUUCUAGAUUUUGUAUUUACCUACAAUAAUUUCUUUGGCUGCAAGUUCCACUUCUUGGUGAAUCAUUAAACCCCUUUCCUGGUAUGUACUUGGGGAAGCCACCAGAUCUUAUUCUGAGGAAGCACGCUGUUACGAUUGAGAUUUUUUUUUUUAAUUAUUAUCUUAGGUGGGGGUUUUGGUGUAGUUUUUGUUUGGUUUUUUAGUUUUGCCCUGGGAAAAGUGUUAUUGACAGAUGUAGCAUUUGUUUGGAAAGGGAAGUCUGAUCUGAAGAAUGUUAGGAUCAGCUGACUAGCUAGCUGACUGUCUUUUACUACAGGCUGUAGUGACAGCAAAUCUAGAUAGUUUGACAUGGUCACAGUGAGUAUCUGCCUAUAAGUUUGCAAGGGUGAAAGUAGUGACUGGACAGUUGCAUAAUAAAACCAAAGGCAUUAAAAUACAUGCUGUUUUGUGAGAUGGUUGUGGGAUGAGAAGCUGAGUUUAAGAAAUGCAGUCUUAUCUGUGGCCCUGAAAUAACUGAGGAUCUUUAGAACAGAAAGAUAAGGAAAUGCUGAGGAUCCAGAGAGAAAUUUUAGUCUUUUCUCUCUUAAGCAGUAUUUAAAUUAAUUUCUGUGAUAACGAUGGAGCUAAGAUCAGAAUGUACGGAUUGCUUAAAGACUGGUAUAGAAUUGAGAUAUUUUAAUGCUUCAGAUAACAGAGGUGUCUAUUUUCUCUCAUUAAAGAUGACUUAGAAUGUUAACUAUUUAAUUUUCUCGUUCAUAUUGCAGAAUGAAUAUAAAUUGUUUAUGCAGAACAAUUGGGUUGGUCUGUGAUACAGACCAAGAUACAGCUUGCUAAUUAUUUCCUUAUAGUAGGAAGUAGAGGAGGAAAAUUCUUUAAAAUCUCCCUUUGUGACUCCUUGAAGCUCUGAAUCUCUUAAUCCCUGCCUGUAGUCUUGCUGAUAUAAAUCUUACUAGGUACUUUUUCAGCAUCAUCCUUCAGUCCUUAAACUCUUCCAGAUUAUUGUGAUUCCCUUAGUCUCUCCUUUUGAAGCACUGUAGGAGAUAUAACUAGGUGAUCUAUGUUGCAUCAGAAGAUGAGAUGUAAUUGCCUGCCAAUGACAGACACAGUAUGCAACUGCUAACAGGUUAAUGUUCGUGAAGAAAUUGAAGAGUUUUUUCCAAGAAUGUGGAAGAUAAAUCAAGAUAAAAGAAGGCUAAUGAAAAGUAUUAAAGAUCAGAAAAUUAAAAUUGAAUGGGGGAAAAAAUUGAACAGAAGAUUGGUCAGAUAGAAGCACUUGAAUAUUUUUUUAAGGCUAUAAGGAAUUGUUUGAAUUGGGGAAGAAUACACGAAGUAUGAAAAAUGAAAAACUCAAUGAAGAAUGAAGAAAAGUAGAAAGCAAGAGUGAAGUAGAAUUAAAAGAAUCUGGAAGAAUGAAUGGGUCCUAGGUUAAGUAAAUGUAUGGUUUAUGUUCCAGUGUCUGUAUGAUCAAGUUGUAGAUGAAUUUGCAUGAUUACUUAGUUAAUAGAGAAUUGGUGAUCUGGUUCAAGCAGGGACCUAUUUGAGGAAAGCAUACAAUAUUAACAGUGGGUUAGCAAAAUGAAAUUUGUUUUGGAGGGUAUUGCCUAACCAUUUGUUUUUCAGGAGCAAUCAAUGUAAUAGAAUUACUGUACUUUAAAUGUUAGGAGUUAGGCAUUUAUACAACCAAUACCAUUUUUAAUACUGUCUUUUUUGUUAGGAGUCUCGCUCCCAGUCAAAAUCUCCAGCUGGGAGUCCUGCUCGUGUAAAAUCGGAGAGCAGGUCAGGAUCUCGCAGUCCAUCGAGGGCUUCCAAACAUUCUGAAUCGCACUCUAGGUCAAGGUCAAAAUCAAGAUCCAGGUCCAGAAGACAUUCGCACAGACGUUACACUCGUUCCAGAUCCCAUUCCCAUUCUCAUUCUCAUAGGAGACGUUCUCGAAGCAGAUCGUACACACCAGAAUACCGUCGUCGAAGGAGCCGUAGUCAUUCUCCAAUGUCCAACAGGAGAAGGCACACUGGCAGCAGAGCUAAUCCAGAUCCUAAUACAUGUCUUGGAGUGUUUGGUCUCAGUUUGUAUACUACUGAGAGAGAUUUGCGUGAAGUCUUCUCCCGUUACGGACCAUUGACUGGUGUCAAUGUGGUUUAUGAUCAACGAACUGGACGAUCAAGAGGAUUUGCUUUCGUUUAUUUUGAGAGAAUUGAUGACUCUAAAGAGGCAAUGGAGCAUGCAAACGGUAUGGAGCUGGAUGGCAGGAGGAUUCGGGUGGAUUAUUCAAUCACCAAGAGAGCACAUACACCCACCCCGGGCAUCUACAUGGGCAGGCCAACGCACAGUGGAGGAGGUGGUGGCGGUGGAGCAGGUCGUCGCCGUGACUCAUAUUAUGAUAGGGGGUAUGACAGAGGAUAUGACAGAUAUGAAGAAUAUGACUACAGAUACAGGAGACGAUCACCAUCGCCUUAUUAUAGUCGAUACCGAUCACGAUCAAGAUCCCGUUCCUAUAGUCCAAGGCGCUACUGAAGAUCAGAAGAGUUACAGUUGAGGACAUGAUUUUUAAAUACAAAGCUCAAAUCUUAGCUUCCCUACUGCUCUCCCUCCCACCCUCCCUUCCUUGUCCUCCAUCCAGCUCUUUUACAAAUCUUUGGUUCAUUUAGAAUAUACAUAUUUUCAGUUGAAGUAUUCCUGUUUUCCAUCCCUCCUUAUUCUAAUACUCUUAAAUAUUGUAAUUGUUGUAGUUUUUGUGUAGUAAAACAUCUUAAGCAAAACGAAAUAGAGAACCCAAAGUGCUGAUACAUUUUGGAAGUCAUUCCUAUUUUGUUUUUUAAACAAUUGGACUCCUGACUAAUCAGAAGAGAGCAUUGUUAUUUUUAAAGCUUGCAUGUCAUAUGUAGUAUACACACUCAAGAUACUUUGAUAUAAACCUGCAUUUCCAAGUAACUCGUUAAUCUUUCUGUUAAAAUGUUUACCUAUUACUUUGAUAAACAAGUAAUGACUUUGAGCCUUUUCUGUAAUGACAAAUUUACUUAGUCAUGAACCAGAGGAUUUUUUUUUUUUUUGUCAGGUAGUUGCUUUGAGUGUAGACUAUUUGAGCUAGAGCAAAAUUUGGUUUUUGACUGGGAAAAUAGAUCCUUGUACACUCAGUUAAGGCUGUGUUUUAUAGAUAAAGUUUCUGGAUUGCUACACAGUGGAUAACAUUUGAAGUUAAAAUUGUAAAAAUCCUGGGGUUUUUAUUGUACUUGUUUGAAUAUUUCCCCUUAAUUGGUGCAGGAAUAAAAAUAUUUAUUGAACAUAGCAAUUAGUUAUAUAAUUUGCUGUUCAUUAAAAAAAAAAAAAAACACAACAAAAACCACCAACUUUUUGGUAUUGCAAUAAUGAUUAAGCAAGUUUUGUUUCCAGUCCUUUUUGGAGUUUUGAAAGUAUGGAUGGAAAAACCUACAACUACAUGUAAACCUUUUUUCCCCUCAAUAAAAGUUGAUUCCACUGA